CAUUAAACAGCACCUCAUCAUCACCUAUACGUAUAUUUUUCUAAUCUAUACACGCAUAUGUAUAUAAUAUAUUUGUAUGUGUUUAGAAAUACAUUUUUAAAGUUUCUUUCCAUUUUUUUUUUUUUUUUUUUUUUUAAUUGAUUGUACAGUAUUUAUUUUCAUCUGGAUAUUUUUGAACAAAAAGUAUUUUCGCAACAAUAUGAAAUCUUACUACUCGGUUUUUAACCUGGUAGUAUUAGUAGUGUACUGCUUAUCUACAGUGCUCUCACAAAAUUUACCAAAUCAAUUGAGUGAUGUCCAACCGUCGUGUAACAGGUAUUAUAAUAUUAUGUUUGUCAACCAAUAAUAAAUUAAACCGUGUAAUCUAAAAAAAAUAUAAGAGUAAUACAAUUUGGUUAAAUUGAAAAAGAAAUAUUUAAAACAAAGGACGAAAAAUUGUUUUGAAUGUUAAUACUCAAAUAAUACAUACGUAUUAUCGGUGUACAAAAAGUGACUAAAAGAAAAAAUAAAUAUUUAUAUGCCUUAUUUUAUUUCUUUAUGUGUACGAAAAAAAGUUUCAAAUUGCCAUCAUAAAUGGGUUUAUGAAAUAACUUAACACAUAAUUCAUCAUUAAAAUCAAAAUUAAAUAAAAAUUAAGUCCACGUUUUUAAUUUAAAAAAAUUAAAUAUUUUUUAAAAUGUUUAAAUCAUUUAUCUAUAGUCACUUUUUUGCACGACGGCAAUGAAAUACAGUAUAAAGGUACAUACAUUAAAAAUAAUGAUACUCCAGUCAACAUAUACUUUAUGCAUACAUAUAAAAUAUGAAUAUAUUAUUGUAAUAAUACUUAUACAGAAUGGUCCGGUUAUCAUGUACUAUAUAUUUUACCGAUAGAUAUUCAGUGAAUUUCAGUUUUUCAAAUAAUUAAGAAAUCGUUUUAGCUUUAUUUGAACACGGUUUUCAAUUUUUUACCACUUUUUGAUACAUUUGAACGGAUAAUAUUUUCUACGCAUUUUGAUAUGCACAACUUUAAUAAACUGUUGGAUUUACUAUUUAUGAGUUACAACAGUUUCAAGUUCAGAUUGGAAAAGUAGGAAAAUGUUAUCAAUUUAUUAUAACCACAUAAAUCGACACUCGAUAUCGAUAUGGACUCUUUUUUUCAAAUUUUAUAUUUGACCCGAUAUUUUAGGAGAAACAUUUCUAUAAUGACUCUAGAAUAUGAAAAAAGUAUUGAUGAAUUUAGUUUCAAUCAAUAUACCGGUUAAUAAUUUCAAUAAAAACUUAUGGUUUUUGAUUACAAGUAUCCGGAUAUCGGGUUUAUAUCGGCAGUAUAAAACGGAAUAUCGGAAAUGGGUAAAACAACUAUUGGCUCUUUCCCGUGAAAAUUUAUCGACUAAAAAUGUAUAUGAAGUUAAUAUAAUUAUAAUCCUUUCAUAUUCUUUUAAUUUAAAUUUCUAAGUAACUAAUAUUAGAACAUUCGAAAAUUGUUUCUUUUAGUAAAUUUUAGGAUUAAAAUUCCGUGUUGGAGUAUUCCAUUUUAUCGCUUACUGCUUUCGAAAAGACACUUAUUCAAUUAUUCAAUAACUUUAAGUACGGUAAUAAAUAUAUAUUUUGUAUACAAUUAUUUUAAAUAUUAGCCAUUGAGGCACUGAUCUAAAAAACCCAAGAGUAGCAGAGCUGUAUCACUAAAGCUAAAUUUCCCGACGCUUAUUUCGUAUUAUAGAACUUUGUAAAACAAUAAAGAACCGUAUACUAUACUAAUAUAAUACAACACUAUAUUGUAUAAAAUUAUUACAAUUUUACUACAUUCAAAAAAAUAAUGAAAUUUUAUCAUAAAAAUAAUAAUGAUGAGAGUUGAAACCCCUAAAAGACACAUCCUUAACCAUAAUGCUGUCCUUUUAAAAAAUGUAGUCCUCCUAGUUUAAUUUGGAGUAUCUGUAACGGUGUAAAAAGCUAAGGAAAACUGCAAUCUCCUUCCUUAACAAAGUUAAGCUCAUAUUGAAACUGAACUCGACUCGAAUUCCCGAAUUUAAUCUCUUUUGGUCCAGGGGAACCUCUAGAAAUGUCCAAAAUUAACGGUAAAAAAACAUAUAUAUACGUAUAAAUAAAAUAUAUAACAGAUACAAAACAGCGCAAUAAUCUCAAUUUUUGUGGAAAAUUCAUCAUGUAUAUCACAAAUAUAUUAUACAAAGCCGGAUUAAUGAAAUCAAUAAUCUAUAGCUGGUCCUUUCUAAACUAUAUAUUUUAGAACCCCUAAUUAAAAUAAUAAAAGAAAAAUGGGUAGGUAAUAGUUAUUCAUCGCCCCACCAACUAUAAAUAAUAUAAUAUUAAAUAUAAGAAAAUAAUUAAACUUAUUAUGAGUAUUAUGUACCUGUUUUGAGUCAUAAAUCUACCUAUACAAGUCUAUAUACAAGUCGUUGAAAUUAAACAAAAAUAGCCACUUACUCUAUUAAGCUAGGCGUACCUAUUUUCUAAUUAUUAUUUUUUUUUCUUUUUUAUUAUACAUAUACAUUUUAAAUUCUGAGUGAAACGAGGGAUCAAUUGGUUUUAAUAUGAUCUGUAUUAUUAUUAUUAUUUUAUUUUUUUUGUCUGUAACCAACUUUUCUCCAAGAAAUCUUGCGCCAAUCAAAACAUGACAAGAGACCUAUUUUUUUUUAUAUAUUUUAAUUCUAGUUGAUACUUUAUCAAGGUCAUUUUUUUUAAAUUUUCGUUAAUAUUCGAAAUAAAUGAGAAAAACUGAUAUUUUAGGCUAAAAACACUAAAAAAAUUAAAAAUAAGGUUGCCAUUAGCAACCGGUUUUAUUUAUUUUUUGUUAUUAAUAAGUUUUAUUAUUUUAAUCUUUUUUAAACCAACGUUAUUGUCGUGUGAAAACGCACGUUUCAAAACAUAUAUAUAACCGAACUCCGCUCAAAAUCGUUUUUCGUUAGCAAUGGUUAAUCGUUGCGUAUAGAUAUAAAUUAAAUUCCCCUCUAUAUCCUACCUUCCCAACUCCCCCCCCUACAACAGUGACCGCACCCGUACUCAGUAUCAACUCUUUUUUAUAUUUGUAUACACCUACGUAAAUUAAUUAGUCUCUUUUUACAAAAUAAUUGUCACCACCGAAAUCUGCAUAUUAUGCAUAUGCAUGUGACAGGCCGAUCAAUUUGUCAGGUUGACAGGCUUCCGUCCCGAUGACGAACCAGCACUAAAAAUGUUGUAUUAAUUAUAGUCGGUGUUCCGACAAGACAAAUACUGUUCGGGAGAUGUUAAAUAAUCUUCAAACACACAUAUAAUAAGUAAACAAACAUAAUACAGUUUAAACAGCGAUAGGCAUAUUAAUAAACCUAUACAAUCAAUAAAUUAUGGUCACUUCAGGUUUAUUUGUUAAAAAGUGUGUAACGAAAUAGGCCCUACUUUAGGGCCUAUUUUAAUUGAUAAGAAGAAAAUCAAUAAUGACAAUGUUAUUGUCGUAAAACGUAAAAAUUUACAAAAUGUUGGUAAAUAAUCAACCUGAAUAACUUCAGGUCGAGGUUACCAGUUUAAAAUGUUUGCAUGAUAUGAAUAAGUUUUAAUUUCAUACAGUUUUAAAGUUUUAACGCCGUCACAUAAACGUACUAAUUGUUAGUUAUGCAUAAAAGAGCGAGCAUUCAUUUAAACAUGACAAUAGAAUGUCAUGGUAUAAUUGUGAAUUUUUACAUUUAAUAUUGUCUCUUCCAAUAACUAAUCAGAUGAGUUUUUAAAAAUAAUUUUUUGGUGGGUUGCGAGGAUUUUUUGCCAAACCUGAUAACAAUCUUGAAACGAUUUUGGCUAGGAUCUCUUUUAUUCUAUUUUAUAUACAAACUACAGCCCUCUCAGCAGUCUUAGUCCUAAUCCGGCCCAUCAUAUUAUAAUAUAACAUAACAGUAUAAUAUACGUAGUAUAUGUCUAAACGUGUUAUUGUUUGAAAUAUAUUUUACAGCCAAAUUUACUGCCAAGGCGAAUUUUUGCACGAUGUUCAGAUGGCUGGAAUAUAUCGAGAUUCGAAAACAUUUGUAGAUAAAAAACUGAUAUACACGGAAUCGCAAAUUUUGGCCAAAUAUAAGACACUGAAGGAUAAAUACAACGGUAAAGUCCCUCCGCAUAUUGAGCUGCUAAAUUUCAUCGACGAAAAUCUAGAAGACGGUGACGAGCUAGAGAAAUGGGUUCCGCCAGAUUUUAGGCGAACUCCGUCGAUUAUGAAUCGAAUCAACGACCAAAAUUACAAAAUAUGGGCGUACAAAUUGAACCGCGUAUGGAAAACACUGGCGAGAAAAGUGAAAGACGACGUAAGAACGAAUCCGGGCAAUUACUCGUUAAUAUGGGUCCCAAACGGGUUCGUUAUACCAGGUGGGCGAUUUAGGGAACUCUAUUACUGGGACACGUAUUGGAUUGUCAACGGGCUGUUGCUGUGCGAUAUGAUCGCCACCGCUCGAGGCGUUAUCGAUAAUAUCAUAUCGCUAGUAAGACAAUUCGGUUUCAUGCCUAACGGAGAACGAGUAUACUACACGAAUAGAUCACAACCGCCCAUGCUUAUUUUGAUGGCGUUGAGUUACUACAACGCUACCAAAGAUUUUCAAUACAUACAAAAUAUUAUUUCCGUAAGUCAAACAUUAACAAACGAAAUAUAUAAUAGUAGGUAUGCUAUAGGAUUUUACAUGAUCGAUAUUAUUAUGGUUUUAGGAUUUGGAGAAAGAAUUCGAAUUUUGGAUGAACCAUCGGAUGGUUACUUUCCAGAAGAACGGGAAAACGUACACGAUGGCCAGAUACAACGCGCCGUCGAGAGGACCGAGACCAGAAUCCUACAGGUUUAUAAAAAAAAAUAAUAACAGCAUAAAAAUUAUGUAUUUAUACAUAAACGAUACGAUAUUUGUUUGAACGCGGUAUAGAGAGGAUUACGAGAUAGCUGAACAAUACGACACGGAAGAGAAACGAGAAGAUUUCUAUGCAAGAAUAAAGUCCGGAGCCGAAACCGGAUGGGACUUCUCUAGUAGAUGGUUUAUACCCGCGGACGGGACUAAUCGCGGUGGGUAUUUUCAAAUAAGUGUUCAUUUAAAUUCAAUAUACUAAAUAUAAAAAGUUAAACAAAUAUCUACAGGCAAUUUGUCGGAUAUCCGAACACGAGAUAUCAUACCGGUCGAUUUGAACAGUAUUCUAUGUCGAAAUGCGCUGAUAUUAAGCCAAUGGUUCACAAUGAUGGGUUCCAAUAGCAAAGCCAGCAAAUACUUAGUAUUGUAUAUACAAUUAUUGAGAAACAUAGAAGAAGUAACACAUAGUUAUAGUUUAUGCACCUAUAUUAUAAAUAACUAUGGUAUCACGAUUAAAAAUCAACCAUUGUAAUUUAUAGGUCUUGCUGAGGCCGGAUAAAGGCGCCUGGUUCGACUGGGAUUUAAUUAACAAAAAACAUAGGGAAUACUUCUAUGUGUCCAACAUUGUGCCGCUGUGGGCGGGCACUUAUACCUCGCAAAACAGCGAAGUGGCAAUGUCGGUAUUAAAAUAUCUCAGAGAUGAACGUAUUAUUAACGCCGAUAAUAGUCUUAUUUAUAACGGUAUGAGCUUGUAUUUUUUAUUAAAAACAUAAGAUAUAAAAUACGAAUAGUACUCAUCAUUAGCUACAAUCAAUAUCUACCUCCUAUAAGCGACGCUUGUGGUGGGGGUAGAGAGUUUCAUUAAAAUAUUUUAAAACAGAAAUAAGUAAACUAGUAAUUUAGUAAUAAAUAUUAUAAAGAAAUAUACAAUUUUAGAUAACAAAUAACGUGCAUAGAAUAAAACAAUAAUAUUAAAUGACUAAAUAUACAAUUAGUUAUUAUUGUAAUAAAUACUUUUGAAUAAAUUGUUAUAACUAUGGAAGUUAUAGAAGUUGCAUAAAUUUCCGAAUGCAUUGAAUUUAUAGCAGACCAAGCUAGAAAUUAUUUAUUAUAGGUACAGUGGAGACUAGAGAGUUUAAAAUUUGACCAUUUAAAAUGCAUAUUUUGCAUAUUUCGUUAAUUUUAGAAAAAAAAGUGCAUAUUUUGAUUGAGUUUCGCAUAUUAUCCAUGGGUAUUCAAUAUUUGCUAAAGAAAUUGAUUUUUUUUUUUUUUUUCUUAACCAUUUUAUUUUAAAUUGAAUAUAAAACUCAAUAUUAUUUAACGUAGUUAUUUAUUGUUAUUUCUUAUCAUUUCAUUCUAUUAUUAGUUUAACGACAACGGUGCGAUUCGCAUUAUAUGUUUUUAAAUAAUAAACUUUGAAUAAUUUUUUACAUUCGUUUGCAUAAAUAUUUAAAAUGUGUUGAUGCAAAUUUUACAAUUUUUUUAACUGCUAUAAUUUCCGAGCCCAAGUUAUAACUAAAGUAUCGUACGUUUAUUAAAAAUGCAAUGCAUAUAUUGAGCUCUAAUUUCUACAAUUGAAAAAUAAUGUUACAGUUGUAUGUGAAUUUUAAUCGUGUAAAUUAUGUUUUUUGAUAAUUCAUUCCUUUAGGAAUCCCGACCUCCAUGUACGAAACAUCCCAGCAAUGGGAUUUUCCAAAUGCUUGGUCGCCACUCCAAGCAUUUAUCAUUCAAGGUCUGGAUAACACAUAUUAUGGUCCUGCUCAACAGGUGGCUAAAAAAAUGGCUGAAGUUUGGUUAAGCUCAAAUUACAAGGGUUUUUCCGAAAAAGAAACCAUGUUUGAAAAAGUAUAACUAAAAUAUUAUGGCAUGAUCUAUGUACUAUGUACUGUACUACUGGUAUACCUAUGUAUACCUGCCAACAUUUUAAAAUUUAUAAAAUUUAUUAAAUAUUCCAACUCUGUAAUUUGUUUUAGUACAACGUUUUGGCAGCUGGGGAAACUGGCAGCAAUGGAGAAUAUGCUCCACAGGAAGGAUUUGGUUGGACAAACGGUGUUGUUUUUGAAUUAUUAAAUCGAUGGACUCAUUUAACGCCGGGCCAAAUAAUUUUAAACCGUAUGUUGGAGUGUUAAAAUUAUCAUCUAAUUAUUAUCAAAACUACAAAUUUACAAAUACUUCAGUAAAGGUGCUCAAAUAAUAUUGAUAUUUGAUGUAUAUUGCAUUACUUAAGAAUUAUAAAUUAUAACAAUACUUGACUGUCGGUUAUUGAAUAACCAUGCCUAUAGGUACCAACUGUAAAAAAAUUUUACUGGGUGCCUACUAUGAGCCUGCUCAUUUCAAAUAGGUAAAAAUUGAAAUUUUUUUUUUUUUUAAACUUAUUUCAAUAAAACAUUGAUAAUUAAGAUAAUAAGAUAUAAUAGUUGCUUAUUAUCAGAUUUCUUAUAACUUUGUAAGUAUUUAUUUUGUUUGUACCUACCUAUAAUUUUCUAUUUAAUAUAAUAUGGUUAGGAAUAUCUGUUUUGAAUAUUGACAAAUAACAAUAACUACCUAUUUAUUUUAAAAUUAUUCUUACUCUAAGAAUAUACCUAACAUUCAGUUCAGUAUCAAAAUGAAUUCAAAACCAUAUUGUGUAAUUGUAUGUAAUUAUAGGAUAAGUACUAGUAACUAAAAAUAUUUUAAAAAUAGAAAUCAUACACUUAUGUAAAAAAUGUAUUGUUUUUAAAUAUAUGUAUCUUUUUAGAACCAAAAGAACCUCAAAGAAAUAAUUCAGAAACUCAGCCGGAAAGAAAGCCAUGUGUAAAUCGUUUAAAGAGAUUUGCCAAACGUUUUGGACUUUUGGUAGGUGUUAUUAUUAUAAAAAUUAAUUUUAAAAACUAAUGUCUCAAUUAAGUCACAACUAAGUCUCAUAAUAUCAAGUUUUUAUUACUACUUACUACAUUAUAAAAAUUAAUUCUGGUAUAAGUACUUACCAACUGUUAUUAAAACUGGUAGUUGGACAAAAAUCCCCACACUAGGUAAAUAAAUACCCAGUAGUAUUAUACUAGAGAUAAAAUAAAAUGAAUAAAAUACAAUAAUUAAUACAAUUAAUUCUACAGUAAAAAUUUAGUGAUUCAGUAUAUAAUAUAUGAUAGCUAAUAAUAAUAGGUAAUUGUAAAUAAAAUGUAAAUAAUGUACGUGAUGGUAUAUGUAUGUGAUUAUAUUACCUAGUUAUUGUUAUUACUACACUUUCUGAUAUCAUGGUGCGAUUGAUUUUAGGAAUACUUUUUACAUUUCUUUCAUUAUUUCGGAUUCUCGAACAUAGUUUUCUUAUUUUUUUCAUAGUUAUUACGGUAAUUCUUAUACUUUGUUGAAUAGAUCAUCUAGGUACAUUAUUUAAUGUCAAUUUUGCCGAAUCUGCAGCUAUUUCAUUUUUAGUUUUUGAAUUAACUUCCAUAUUGAUCAAUAUUCGUCGAAAGACGUUUUUGACCGACUAAAUGAACAAAUUAAUAAUUGGUCAAUUCUUCAGCAGAAAUGUUUAUACUGUGGCUACCAUUAAAGGUUAUGUUAUGAACAUUCCAAGUAUUAGAUUGAAACGUAGGUUGUAAGUAGCCUCCGAAGACUCACAUUAAAAUUCACUCCAGCUGUGUUGCCAAUUUGCCUGUAAGCAUCUUUCAUAUAAUUAGUCCCAAAAUAAAUUAAUAGAUACUUUUAUUAAAUCCAUUUUUAAAAACUCACCACGUAGUAAAUCAACACAAUUUACCGAGCACAAUUUCUUUGCAGUAGGUAUACACAUAUAACAUGAUUGCUAUAACAUCUAUUUAUUGCAAUCGAAACAAGUUCAUUAGGUAUCUCAAAUUGUGUACCUACACCAACACUAGAAAAAUAUGUAGGUAUACAUAACUUAUCAGAGCUCAAACAAAUAACAUAUAUAUGGACCGUUGGAAUUACAUCUUCUUCACAUUUAUUUCGAGUACACUGUUAAAAUGCCGAAAGUUUAAUCAGCGGGUAUUUUUUUUUUUUUCCACAAUUUAUUAAAACCAAAUAUGUAGGUUAUCUGCUCGUUUUGAAGUUCCCUUCUAAACAUUAAUUAAAUUCUUUUCAGAAACAUAUUUUACCAAUAAACUCGGUUUUAUUGUGAUUUAUAGCUUAAAUAUUCCUUUCAAAUUAAUAAAUCUGAUUAAAACUAACACAAUUGAGUAAAUUGGACGUAUAGUGCACCUGAUAUAUUUACAGAGUUUAAUAAUAUAGACAGUAGUAUUUUUCAUGUUCGUGCGUUCAUGUCUUGCAAUUGUUCCUUGUUUCUAUUUGCAACAUUGUAUCAUGGUAAAGAUUAAGGAACUAAAGAAUUUAAAAACGCUUUCAUAACCUAUUCACAAUUUAAACUCAACAUUAUGUAUACCUACUAAUAAUAUUGUCUGGAUUUUAGGUUUAAAUAAAUUAGUUUAAAAAAAAAAAAUAAACAAAUAUAGAUGCAACACCUCCAAUCACAAUUUAUAUGUUCAUGCUAUAUAAUACUGUGCUAUUUUUAAUGUCAUUUAUAUACCUAAAUAAAAUUUUUUAUGUUUCAGAAUUUAAGAACAAACGAGUAAUACGUAAUGAUAGUUACAAUGAUCAUUCGUAUGUAUGGAAACUUUGUUGAAUUUACUACAAAUACAAUUGCUUCGAAUUAAGUACAAUUUAUAAGAAGUAUUUAAAAUUAAAUUUUAUCGCAAUAUCUAAUUUGUAAAUAAAUAGUACAUAAGUAAGAUACCUCGCACCUAUUACAUUAAAGUACCUAGCUAUCUAAGAUUAAAUUAAAUUAAAUAUUAUGUACAGGCAUUGACAUUAUUUUAUAAUUAAAAUUUUAACAAAAUCGCUUAUUUCAAUGUGAACUGAUACUUUUCUGUCAUUCCUAUAAGUUAUUAAAUCUGUAUAUAAAUAUUAUAAAUAAACAGUAUAGAUGUUAUAAUAUAUUUAAUUACUUAGUUAUUUAACUUAUGAUCUUUUAACAUUUUUUACAUUCUAAAUGUAGCGAGUAAUGUGUUGUCUUUAAACAAUUUUUCAAUAAGAAAUCUUGUUUUGAUUGUCAACCUUAGGGGUGGUUUCUAGUGGCAUAUUUUAUCUAAUUUCUGCAUUGAAGUCAUUUUUUUAUUUUCCUCAAUAUGUACUUAAUUGAAAAAAACUAAGAAAAGGUUGGAAAAAAAAUUGUCAAUUUAGGCGAAGAUUUUGUUGUUCAGUUUAAAAUACGAAAUCUGAUUUUCACUUAAUACAUAUAUUAUCUCUGGCCAGAUAAGGGUACAAUGUUGACAGUCGUUAUCAGUUAUAUAUGCUUUAUAGCUAUUUGAAAUUGUUGAAUUUUGAUUUCUUAUAUAUUGAAUAACAAUUUUUGGGGGAAAAUUUGUUCAGAGUAUUAAUAUUAUAAAUUACAUUAACAAAUGGAGUAUUAGUUUAAAUUAAGUUUAGUAUAGAAAAUUUUGAUUUUUCUUAAAAUGAAAGUAGCCGUUUCACCACUAAAAAUAAGGGUAACAAAAAAUAAUGAUAAUAUAACAUUUUAUAUCUGCUUGUUUCCUAAAUUGACAAAAUAAUUUUUUCUGAAAGAAUCAAUAUUUUGCGAAAUAAUAAGUUUUAUGUUAAAUAAAUCACCUUGCAAAUAUUACAAUAUUAAUUUGUUUUUUUUUUUUUUACUGUAUAUCAAUAUUUUUCAACACAUACUAACAUAAUAAUGUAGAUAACUGUAAUAAGAAUCAAUUUUGCUUUUUUAUCUAAUACUUUUAAGUCAACUAUUAUAUUCAUAAUCCAUUAUAAUGCACC